GUGUGAGCCGCCUCACCUGUUUACACGCUGCUUCUCCCUCCGCCCGCGCUGGCCGCAUCAUCUCCUCCCUCUCACAGCCGAGCGGGUCUCCGAGUCUCUGUCCUCCAGCUCCAGCUGUAUGUCUGCAAGGGCUGCUCUGCGCCGGUGGGGAUAUAUCGUUACCGAUGCUCUCCAUCUAACGUGAAAAUUUCAUACAACUGUUUUAAAUACCGGCCGAAGCAAUGGGAGCUUUCGGAGUGAUAAUGGGGCUUUUACAGUACGCGGGACUUUACAUUCAACUUAACGCAGCUCUCAACGACGGACACGGAGAGGUGGAUAAUCACAUCUCUGGGAACGCACUGUUUACAGAGGUCCCACACGACAUCACGACACACAGUGGUGAGGAUGUAGAGAUGGCCUGUUCCUUCCGUGGGGCGGGCUCUCCGUCCUACUCCCUGGAGAUCCAGUGGUGGUAUAUCAAGGACUAUAGAGAGUGGCAAGAGAAGCCUCCCUAUAUCACUAAUAAUGUCGUACCUUUGGAGGAGACUGUCAGAGGUGCCACUAAAAUUAGUGUGGUGAAAGUGGCCGGUAGUAACAUCUCCCACAAACUCCGUCUCUCCAGCGUCAAACCAACAGACGAGGGCACGUACGAGUGCCGCGUGAUCGACUACAGCGGUGCUGUGGCGCAGCACCACCGCGUCCGGGCCUACCUCCAGGUGAAGCCCGAGAGAAGUCAGGGAUCAGAGGGUGUCCAGUAUAAGUCGCAGGGCAGUCACCCACACUUGCCCCAUCAAUCUGACUGUGACGAGACCUGUGUGCUUUAAAACGAGCCAUGUGCCCGGCACUUUGCAUGACUUCACUCUGUAAAGAGGGACACUCAUCAGCACACUUAAUUUAUCACACGGCUGAGACCCUUUGUGUUUCAUGGUUUGAUUGUUCAUGGUUUUACUGACAGUACAUCUGAUUGACUUCAUUUCUGUGCAUUAAGUUUACCAUAAUGUGACAGUAAGGCUGUAAUGACAAAGUUUUAUGUUAUUAUUGUAGGCCCAAGAUACAGACAGACGAUGCAGUGUGCCACUUCUAUUGUCUUUUACCAAAACGUGUGCUGAAAGCUGCAGUAUUUCAGUACGAAUGCUUUGUAAGAAAAAACUGAAUAAUUUUACACUUUUUUCAUUAUCUGAAAACUUUUCCGUGCAUUGGUUUUAAAUCGUGUAGUCCUUGUUUUUUGGCGCCUUAAGGGCAAAGUGUAUAUUUAGCUUUCUAACCAUAACUAGUAUGUCUGUAACAAUGCAAGUGUACGCCCUCGUCACAUCGAGAUGAGAUAUCUGUUCUUGUGUAUUCACUUAUUUGCACUGUAUACUUUUAUUGUUUCACAAAGUUAGUCAGUGCCAAUCAAAUAUUGCAAACCUCAGCUAGUACGUAAAUCACACUAAAAUUUUGUCCUAGUUUUCUGAACAAAGAUACCCUUUGUUUUGUUUUUUCCCCAAAUCACUCCUCGACUGUGUUUGCCCCGUUGCUACUGUUGUGUUAAAUGCUUUCAUUUUAAAUUAUAAAUUUGAUUCUGUGA